UUCUUUCUCAGCAAAACAGAAAUAAAUGAUUCAACAACUCCUCUAAAAUUUUUUUUUUGAUGAUUAAUCUAGCAAAAUCACCCAAUACCCAAUUCCCCCACUUCACUCUCGAAAUCAUCUUCAUUUUUUGAUGAUGGAUCCAACAAAAUCACCCAUGUUCCAGAGAAAGCAAAUCACCCAUUUUUUUAAUGAAGUCGGUUCUUGAUGCUAGAUCUGGAAGCACCACUGUUGAUGAAGCCCCUCCUCUAUGGUCUACACCUCACGGCGUCACCCCAAACUUCCUCCACCUGCAACCAGAGAUUUGUGAGCUCCAACCCCACCCCCAAACCCCAACCCGCAACCUCACCCACCCACCACCAACCAGAUCUGUAAAUCGAAAUUGCGAGACAACCGAGAGGAAGAUCGAAGGGCAGAAAAAGAGGAUGGUGGUUAUCGUGUCGGCGACGACGGUGGAGACGACCAGGGAGCGGUAACCGGGGGAGUCGAAGGGUUUCAUGGAGGAGAUGAGGUUUGUGGCGAUGAAGCUCCACACCAGGGACCAGGCCAAGGAGGGUGAGAAAGAGGUCAUCACGGAACCUGAGGAGAGAGUGGUUACUAAGUGGGAACCAACCAUCAAUGGCUACUUGAGGAGGAUGAUGUUGAUAUUCCAUGUUUCUUUCUCCCCUUAUUUUGUUAAUCCUGUACUGGGUUUCCUAAGUUGUUAUAAUUAUUUUCUGGGUUUGAUUGAUGAUAGUGGUACAGGUAAAGAGUAGAAAAGGAGAAAAUAGAUUUUUUGAUUUUGGAUUAAGUAUUUUUAAGUUUCUUGAAGAAGAGGAAGAUGAUGAUGAUGAUGAUGAUGAUGAUGAUGAUGAAGAGGAAAAAUAAAAGAGAGGAUCGUGAAUUGAUUUUUUUAAAAUUUGAGCGGAAUUUUAUUUUUUAGGGUUAGAUUUAUUAAUUUGUUUUAUUUUUUUAAUUAAAUUAGAUUUUCUGAUGUGUUAUUUAUUCUCUUUUUUUUUAAUUCCACUUAGGCAUUAUUGACAUAGUCAGGAUGCCACACUUGCACCCGUCGGAGCUCCGCCCUCCGGCGAGGAUCUGCCCUAAAAACUUUUCAAAUAUGAGGACUCAAAUCAAUAAAUUUUCCGGGGAGGGAUCUGGUUCAGACGGCGACACAAAGACAUGGACCAAUAUGACACUUAACCCUUAUUUUUUUUUCACAAUUAUAUUAUAUUUUAAAUAGGGCGUAGCUCCGGUUCUAAAUUCCACAAUCGAAAGAAAGCGCGCGUCUCUAUCUUUUGUUACCCUCGCCACUUUCUUUAUUUCCUCGCCGCAUUUAAACGGCCACCGCCACUCUUCGCCACUCCGAUGGCGAGUCCGUCGGAAUUUCACCGCAACGAAAUCGCCGCCGCACAUCUCACCGCCGCAGAUUUUGGACUCUCCGACGACGAUGAAGAGGAAGAAGAAGAAGAAGAAGAAGAAGAAGACGAAGAGGAUGAUGAAGAAGACGAAGAUGAAGACUACAUUCCCGUUGCACCGUCGCAUAGGGUUUCUCCCAACGUUCACCAGAACCCUACCUCCGACUCCGUUGAAGUAAUCCUUAUCCCUGAUUCCGAACAGCAGAAUUACUCUGAAGAGGAUGGGAAUAAACGCCGGAGGAUCGAAGAAGGCGAGGCUCCCACUUCGUCACUCGGCAGUCAAGGGAACGAGCUCACCGGCACCGACAUUGACGGCCUCGUUUGCCCUAUUUGCAUGGACGCUUGGACCAAUAACGGCGAACAUCAUAUCUGUUGUCUUCCUUGUGGGCAUGUAUAUGGCAUGUCUUGCAUCAAUAAAUGGCUUCAACAUCGAAAAAGUUCCGGCAAGUGUCCUCAAUGUAAAAGUAAAUGCUCGUUGAAGGAUGUGAGGAAACUCUACGCUUCGCGAUUAGUUGCUGUAGAUGGAAACCUUCAUAAGAGAAUUAGGUCACUUGAGGACAAAUGUGCUGGCCUUGAAAGCAAGGAUGGUCAAUGGAACAAGAAAGAAGCUGAAUGGAAGAAGAGAGUAGCUACCCUUCAAAGUAAGGAUGGUAAUUGGCACAAGAAAGAAGCUGAAUGGAAGAAGAGAGAAACUGUAUUGUAUCAUGAAGUUCAGAAGCUCACAGAGAGAAACACUUAUUUGGAACAGCUGCUACUACUAGAUGUGCAGAACAGGCAAUCUGAAAUGAUGGAUGGCAAUAUGAAACCUCAACGGAGAUAUGAAUGUGAGCGCAACUGGAGCCCAAAGUCCCAUGGAAAAGGAUCGAAGUUCUGUGGAGAAGAACCUUUUUGCAAUUUUGAAUUUCGGGAAGCAUUCCGUGUGGAUGGUGCACGCCUAUUUGAUAUGGACACUUCUAAUGAUAUUUUAUUAAUUGCACGAAAGCCAAAAGCAAUUGGUGGAGAACACUUGCUAACCAAAAUGAGCUUGAUAUCUCCAUUUGAAAUGGAAGAUAUCGUACUGCCUUCCACUACAAAUGCUAUUAGAGACCUGCAUAUUUCUCCUUCUGGCAAUAGACUGGCUCUCUAUGCUUCACUAGGGAAGAAAUUAUCAGUGCUCAGCUUGGACAGUAGCAACAUUGUUGUCAAUUAUGAUCUACAGAUUCCUGCUUGGUCAUGCUCAUGGGAUCUCAACAGUACGAAUUAUAUAUAUGCGGGACUACAGAAUGGAUCUAUUAUGGUGUUUGAUUUGCGCCAAACUUCAGGACCUGUAAAAUCUUUAUUUGGCUUGAGUAACAAACCUGUUCAUACGGUACAAUCUCUUGCACAAACUUUAUGUCUUCCUUCUGGUGCUAGAACCAUCCUAUCUGCAUCUUCCGGUGGCAUUUGUCAGUGGAACAUUGAUUCUGAAGCAGGGCCGUUUGUGGUUCCUGAAACUGACAAUCAAGGAGUUUGUAUUUCUCUUGCCUAUUGUUCUAGUAGUGAUGACAUUGUUGGUUCAUACCGUCCAACGUUUGACAUGUCGAUGGACGUGUCUCAUUCUCAACCAUUACUGACUCCUUCUCAAGUUAUUGGACAAGGAGUACAGGGCUGUCAUGUCUUGUUCAAGGGAAUGGGCAGUCAUCAUUUCCAGAAGACGGGUUCCACACAUGCGGAUGUGAGUAAAAGUCUACUACCUAAAUGUGUAAUUAUAGACAUGGAGAAUCAGAGUAGAUUGUUUGCAUCUAGAGAUGAAGUUACAAAUGAUUUGGUCUUGUACGAGUUGCCAUCUUUUAGAGUUCAUCAGCAAUUCAAAAUGCCAGCUCAGUCCCGUGAUGUUAGGUACUCAACUAGCCAUUGGGCACUUGGUUGUUUAAGUGAGAACUCAGUACAACUUUUCCAUGCCAAAUUCUCGUAAGGAAGAUAAUUUAAUUCUAAAAUCCGAGCAAUCCUUUCUUGAAAAAAGGGGUUCAUUGAAGUUGCUUGUUUUUUUGUUUUAAAUUAUUUGUUUUAGAAUUUUAUCUCUCCUUUGAGAUAUUUAUUACAUUGCUAGGAGCCUUCAUAUUUUGUGUAAUCACAGCAAUUUCUCAUUCAUUUUUUGUUCUUUAAUUUUAUACUUUCUGUAUUAGAGCAGUAUUAUUGUUGUUGAUAUUGGAAUUUUGUGUAGAAGUGGGAUAUGUAGUUAUGAGGCAAAGAGACAGUGAAUGUACUAAUCCCUUAUCCAAUAAUAAUCCCCACUUUAGCAUUGGUUUGCA